AUGAAGGCAUUGGAUGGUGAUGACGAUGAAGCGUGGGGUCCAGCGUACUCCGUUCCACCCUGGGGAGGCGGAAAAGCUCAUGGACCCGUCCCACCAGAUGAUCAGAUACGUCAAUUUGGUCUCGUCGAAGAUCAUUACAAGUAUGAUGAUGCUGAAUUGAUCUCUAUACCAUGCAAGUCUAAUUUACGCAUUUAUGUACAUUGUACAUACGACGACUGUAAAACGGUUCAGGGAGAAGAAUUCCGCAGACAGUCCACUCCUGGCCCCGAGGCGAGUCUCACUCGUACAGCAAGCUUGACCACGACGACCCCCUGCGGUGGUCACGGUCGCCAUCCUCCGAGUCAGAUGGUGGACGUGUCGACGUAUUCCCCCAAGAAUUCUCUCGCUCUCGCUGCAUCUGCCGCGGUCCGGGCGGAAAUGAGCAGCAGCAGCAACGUGGAGCGGGAAGAUCACACAAUCCACGCCAAGAAGGUCCCAGAAGGUCGUUGCGUCGGGAUGACGAAUCAGGCCACGCAGCAGCCCCACUGA